GUCUCCGGGGCGCGGCGGAGGAGCUAGGAGGGGCGGCCGGCGCUGAGGCGGAAGCCGGAUGCGGAUUCGGCGCCUGGCGAUCGGGUGGGGUCGAGUCUGGACCGCUUUGCACCUGGCCGGAGUGCUGCCUUCAUUGCAAUCAUGAAACCUGAUGAAACACCUAUGUUUGACCCAAGUCUAUUGAAAGAGGUGGACUGGAGCCAGAAUACUGCAACAUUUUCUCCAGCCAUUUCCCCAACACACCCAGGAGAUGGUUUGGUUUUGAGGCCUCUUUGUACUGCAGAUCUAAACAGAGGAUUUUUUAAGGUACUUGGUCAGCUGACAGAAACUGGAGUGGUCAGCCCUGAGCAAUUUAUGAGAUCCUUUGAGCAUAUGAGGAAAUCAGGGGAUUAUUAUGUUACAGUUGUGGAAGAUGUCAAUAUAGGGCAGAUUGUUGCUACAGCUACUCUGAUAAUAGAACAUAAAUUUAUCCAUUCAUGUGCAAAGAGAGGAAGAGUAGAAGAUGUUGUUGUAAGUGAUGAAUGCAGAGGGAAGCAACUGGGAAAACUGUUAUUGUCAACUCUUACUCUGUUAAGUAAAAAACUGAACUGUUACAAAAUUACCCUUGAAUGUCUUCCACAAAAUGUUGGUUUUUAUAAAAAGUUUGGAUAUACUGUAUCUGAAGAAAACUACAUGUACCACAGGUUUCUAAAGUAGUGAUAGCAAGAAUCAUUUUUAGAAUGAAAGCAAGGAAAUUUUUUGCAAUUAGAUUAUUAUAGAAAAAUCAAAGUAUUUUAUUGCUACAAAACCUCUCUUCCCCCCAUAAAAUACUGGACAAAAGUUUUAUUCUACAAGUUUGGCAUAUUAUUUACCAGAAGAUUAAAUUGAAUUGGUAGAGCAUGCUGUGAUAUUCGACCAUAAAUGAAUUAUGAAGGAGAUGACUUUUAACCAAAGAAUAUAUUUUUAAAUUGAAAAUUUUCCUGUAUUUUUCUAAAGUUGGGUUUUAUUUCUUUGUAGUCGAAGUAUAUUUACUAUCUUACUUCUUAUUCAAAAAAUACCAAUUGUAUAAGAAAAUAUCCUGUAGUGUACAAAAGUUUUUAGAUAAUUAGUAUCCUUGGUUAUUAACAAAAGCUUAUACUGAUAUGGGUUUAAUUGAAGGCUGACUUCUUGAACACAGAACUUGGGGAGCUUGGUAAAUAUCAGAUAAAACAUUCCACUAAAGUACUUUAAUUUUAUUUAAACCUAUUGAACAAUUGGGGAGAUGGGAAAUGAUGAGAUUGAAAGUAAGAAGUUAGCUGUGAAAUACAAUGUAGUUAAUUUUAUCCUACCAUGUCAGUACAAUUUGAUUUCCACAGAAUUGAGGCAUCUGCAUCUAUGUUUAUCUGCUAUAGUAGUACUUUGUUUCCCUUGAUCCUGGAAAACAUCUCAUAGCUUUCCAAUGAUACCAAACAUCAAAAUUCAGCUAUCUUUUUUGAUGAACAUUUUAUGGGAAAAUCACAUUGCUUUUGUUUCAUUCAUAAAAUUUGAUGGGAAUUUUUUCAGAAAUAACAGGCACUUUUAGAUGCUAUUUUCUGAUUUUUUUUUUUUAGUAUCAAAACACUAAAAUUACUAUUCACAUGGAUAGUGUAUUCUGAUAGAACUGUAAAAUUUUUCAUGUGUUUCCUUCUAAUAUUUCUUGAACUUCUAGGUCCUCAGGUAAUGGCCAGUGUUAUUUAGAUAUUAGCUAUUUGUAAAUUAAUUAAAGAUCAUCUUUAUUCUUCAUAUGCUAUUGUAUUUGUUUUGCUUCUCUUUAAUCUAAAUGAUUCAUAUCACUAGACCUAUGAUCCAAUAAGAUCCUUGGCAAUGAUCCAAGAGAAUCUAAAUUCUAAGUUAUAGAUCUAGGAGGAUAUUUAAGCUAGUAUUUAUUUAGACAGUAUUCGCUAGUUUUUGAAGGGUUAUGUGACAUAGAAGAAGGAUCAGAUUACUCAGUUUCAAGAAGGCUACACUUCUACAAAGUGUAAUAGAAGCUGCAGGGGGACCAAUUCCCAUUUUACAGUCAUCAAAAGGAAAAUAGAAUGUCUGAAGUGCAUUCUUGUUUAGGUGUUCUUGGGACUAGAUAGUCCCUGUGAUCUUUUUUUGACUAGGUUUCUAUGACGUAAUUCCACUCUCCAUAACCAUUUGCUUAAUAAAAAACAAACAAACAUCAAAGUGGUCAUUAGAAUGUAUAUUACAUUUAAAACUGAACUGAAACAAAAACAUUUAAAAACUCAUUCACAUUUUUACAUAACUGGAAUAUUAAACCAGUCUGAACCACAUUCUUAGGAAAAUUGAAAGUCUGAACUGUUGGAACUACAGUAUCAACAGAAAAUAUAAAAAAAACAAUCAUGGUAUAAAGGUAGCUAAUAAUUUUUUCAGAUACAAUGGCACAAGUUGCCAUUUUUUAAUUUAUAUGGAAUUAAAUAGUUUCACACAAAAGAAGUGUAUUUUGUGCAGGACUAGCAGCCUCUUACAUUGUAGCAUUCCUAUACUCAGCACUUUGUCCAAGAUACAUGUUAAGAGCAAAUAUGAAGCAAAUUACAAAGACAGGCUGUUCUUUUGAACUUGCUGCACAGAUUUUUAACUGUCAUGAAGAAAAAGAACUCCAGCGUUCAAAAACCAUGAGAAUUC